UGUGGUGGGAGGACUCGCUGUCCAGCUAGCAGCCAAACAUACUCUGUAUUGUUUUAACUUCAAUUUCCUCCAACACGGCUCGUAAAGAUCCACACAGCGGGCUCUUUCUGUGUGCACGAAUAAGAUGGUCGUUCUGACAAACAACAAUGAAGAACAGGAUUAUAUCCUGAUAGAGGAGCGUAAAUGCACCUCCCUGCCCAGCUCUCCCGCCAAGCGAGUGUCUCCCACCAAAAAGAAGCAGUUCUUUAUCAACCAAGCCAUCCGCAACUCUGACCUCACUCCACGAGCCAAAGGCAAGAAGAGCCUCCGCCGACAGGAGAACACACGCUUUCUUGCUAAUCUUCUUGAGAGGGAUGAGUGCUCCAAAGAUGAUAUUGAGGUUUGCAGUAACCCAGCCAUCCCGUCCAUCUUCACUGAAGCCUGCACCAAUGGAAACUACAUAGAGUCAUGGAAUGACUUCAUGAACUGCUCCGGUGAGGAGCAGGAGAGGCUGUUGUCUCUGCUGGAGGAGGAGGGGGCCAAGAAGAAAAACACCAACCGGAAUGUAAAUCCUGCCUUCACCGCUCAGGACUGCUUCCAGAGAAUCGAUCGCAGGUUGCGAGCCACUCUGAGACGCAAACAAAUCCCCAUGGGAACUCUGGAAGUAUUUGAGGAAAGGCUCCUGAGCUUUUUCAACGCUCAACCUCACUCUGUUUACACAACCAACCUCGCCAGCAGCUUUGAGAGACUGCUGCUUCACGCCGUCUGCCAGUACAUGGACCUCGUCUCUGCAAGCACAGACUAUAACGGCUCACGUCAGACUGAAGUGGUGAACAAACAAGAAGAGUUCCUGCCUCCUGCACUUCUGCUGUCUGCCUACCUUGAGCGGAUGAGCUGAGACCAGGACCGCGCCCUGUUUCCACUGCAUGGCUCUGCUGCAGGCAGGAGCUCAGAGAGAUGCAGAUAAGGUGCUCAGUCCGUAUGUAGUGUCUGUGUAAUGUCCACUGAGCUCCAUAAACAGAGCUGAAAGACGCCACCCUUCCUUCUGCUUGGUCUGUGGUUUCUAUAGUAAAUUUUCCAUUAAUUUGAUCCACAAACAAAUCAGAUCUAAACGUAGUAGAGUUGUCAAAGCUGUUUUUCAUCCAUCUAGCAAUUUUAUUUUCUGGGGUGAUUUAGUAGCAUAGAGUCAUGAAUUGGCCUGCAUGGCUUAAUUUUGUUAAAGAAUGAAUUAACUACUGUUUCCAUUACAACAUAGGAAAUUAAAUGAAUUCUCUUUCCCUUAUUUCCUAAGUAUUUAAUAUACUUACAUUGAUAAUAAUAUAAUGAUGAUUAAUUAUUGUUCACAUUGGGACAAUGUGGUGAUCUCAUGAUCAGAUUUGUGAGAUGGUGUUCAUGAUAAUUACACGGCAGAUGACAGCGGCUGUCAUUAGGAUUAUAACAUUAUUUCAGAAUUUACUUAUAAGCCAGACAUACACAAGGCAUGAUGGUUGUGCACUUGUAUGCAAAUAGGUGAGAUAAAAUAAUGGAUCAAAAUAAAAAAAAAACCUUUAAUUUAUUUAAUAGGUAAGUUUCUAUCAAGCAACCAACACCAGGCGUCUUACACAGCAAAUGAUGAUAAGCCUGCAAAUACACAGAUGAGCCAAACCGUUAUGACCACUCACAGAUGAAGCCAACAACAUUAAUUAUCUCGUAACAACAGCACAUGACUAGGUCUAGGAUAUAUUAUACAGUAAGUCCUUUGAGUCUGCGUGUGGGAUGCAGGAGAAAUGGGCAGGUGUAAAGACCUGAGUGAGUUUCAGAAGUUACAAAUCGUUGCGGCUGACUGGGUAAGGCUGUAAGGUUUGUGCCCUCAGCAGUGGUGAGUUCGUACUGACAGUGACCCGAGGAGGGACAAACCACAAACCAUCUGGUCCCAACCGACAGAAGGGCACUGUGGCACAAGUCACAGAAAAUUCUAAUGGUGGUUGUGGGAGGAAUGUGUCACAUUACACAGUGCGUCACACUCUGCUGUAUACAGGGCGGAUCUGUCAUAGUGUCCGUGCUGCUCAUAAUGUUUUGGCUCCUUCUGUUGACAGUGCGCAAAAGCCAUUUUUCUUACUUUUACAAAAUUUUUGUAUAAGCCAAAAAAUGAUAAAAAUACAGUUUUUCCAUUUAUCCAUCAAUAUAUCGCUAAUGAUUUUUAACAAGUUACGUUCUGAAGAUAUAAAAUGUAUUAUGAACAUUUCUUCUCUAUGAUCUAACCAACUGCUGCACAUGAGUUUGGAGUUUUUAAUGCUUUCAUGGUAAUGGCAACAACCCCCCUCCAAAAGCACAACAGUAAAAAACACAAUGAAUGGAAAAUUUACUUAGAACCCAUUUCUGCUGUAUGUAAUCUGAGCUCUGCUCAGGCUGUAAGGACAAUACGUGAAGGUGCUAAGACGGUUGAAUCGCUCUACUGCAUCAGGAAAAGCAUCACUGCCUGAAGGAUUAGCCUGUAGGAUUUGUAUGUAAGUAGUGAGAUAUGGAGCAUGAAUAUUAAUAAUCUCUCUACAUUAUAUGCACAGACACAUCACUUGUCAUCGUAGGUAAAGAAGUAAAUGUCAUCAAGGGUGUAAAAUAACGGCUUCUAAUAUGCUUGGGAACUAAAGCAACUCUGUUAUAAUCAUCUACUGUGUUACUACUCAUUAGGUACAGUCUCUUCAGGACCUGCUCUGGGAAAAAAAAAAUUCUGUGUCUUUCUUUUCCUUGUGUACAACGGUUGUGUUUCAGCUGCAUUUUUCAGUCGUGAUCGAGACUGAGCGAUCAAGACUUAGAAACGACUGAACACAAAACGCAUAACAACUGUGACGUGAAACAAUAUUUUUUAAGGCUGUUUUUUCACUUAAAGCUCGACUGCGUGGCUGUACUGUGGCUGAUCAGAUCCAGUACAGACACUGGCAGAUGGCUGCAGCUGCUCCUGUUGCAUUGCUGAAGAGCGGCUUUCACUGCACACCGGUGUAGACAAGGUGUAAAUCUUAUUUCAGUCACAGUAAAUAUUCAAAGACAAGAUAAGGAACCAUAUUAUUGUUAAAAAACUGCUAGUGUCCCUGUGCUUCUGGAUUUGUUGGUGGAUUUUUGCAGCAUUAACAGUGGUUUACACUUCACUCACAGCUAUAACUUUUUUUCUUCCAUGAACUGGUAAUAUGGUUUAAAGUUAUACUGUAUGUACAGUAAAUUUGUUACACUGAAGGAAAAAAUAAACACAUUCAAGGUGUUUUGAUGGUAAGAACCUGCUGAGUUUUGACUCUCAGGCAUGUGUCAUCUCAAUAUUAACAUUUACAACCCCAGAAAAGCACUUCUGCCUUAUGAACACAAGUUUCUAUGUUUUUUUUCUGUACAUAUAUUUCUACAUUUGUACUUGACUGGAUUUUGGAAACACGUAUCCAGGUUAUUUAAAAAAAAAAAAUAUAUAUAUAUACACCUUAUCCCUGGUUUCUUUUUAUACUGUUGUCAGCAGUGUAACAAAACUUGACCUGUUGGUGCAUUUUGUCAACAACCAAAGUUUGCGCAUUUGUUGUGUGAAAAUCCAACUUCUCAGGCUUUCAUUUUCUCACUCUGAAUGUCAUGUAGUGAUUUCACAUGGUGUCAUUUUAUGUGGACUGUUUACUCUCCUGUUUGUCUCUCUGUACACUCUCGAUCUCUCUCUUUUGGAUCACAUUUACCCCAGCAUCCUGGGGCGCUGCCAACUUUUUAAUGUAGAAGUAGUUGUGCUGUAAAUAAUGAACUCAGUUAAUUGACUUGUGCCAACAUUUGGAUUGAAAAAGCCUAAAAUAGUCUGAAAGCUUUAUACACUAAACUGUAACAUCUUUGUGUAUAUAAUGAUAUGUGUGCUACAGUACCUAUUUAUAGUUAUCACCGCAACUAUUAAAAGAUUUAAGAUAUUUGUUGCUCCUUUUAUUGUUUACUUUUUCUUCAAAAUGCUGAAAGUUACGUCUGAAUGUAUAGUCUC